ACAAGAAAUUAACAAAUUUUGUAUUUGUUGGCUACAUUCGGCUUGGACGUGAAGUGAAUGAUAGCGUUGACUGCUUUACUAACCAAAUACACAAUCGGUAUUAUGAGCAAUUUAAGCAAUGGCAACUUGCAGCAGAAUCAACAACAACAACAACAGCAGCAGCAGCAACAACAACAGAAUAACGGUGAAGCGGCGGCGGCGGUGGUACCAUUAUUGAUAGAGCCACCAGCUGCAAUGCCCGCCCCCGCCCCUGCCCCAGCAUCCGCCCGCGGCGUCGUCGUUUGGGCCUUGCCACAACGCCCACAGCAGCAGCAGCAGCCACAAAAUCCUGCCGCAGAGGGCAGCGGCUUGGAGAGGGGCAGCUGCCUGCUGCGCUAUGCGAGCCAAAACAGUUUAGACGAAUCCUCGCAGAAACACAUCCAGCGACCCAACGGCAAGGAGCGCGGCACCGUGGGGCAAUACAACAACGAGCAGCACACGGCGAGAUCCUUCGACGCAAUGAACGAGAUGCGCAAACAAAAGCUGCUCUGUGAUGUCAUUCUGGUUGCCGACGAUGUGGAGAUCCAUGCCCAUCGCAUGGUGUUAGCCAGCUGCAGUCCGUACUUCUAUGCGAUGUUCACCAGCUUCGAGGAGUCGCGCAAGGCGCGCAUCACGCUGCAGAGUGUGGACGCACGUGCUCUCGAGCUGCUCAUCGACUAUGUGUACACAUCGACCGUCGAGGUGAACGAGGACAAUGUGCAGGUCCUGCUGACAGCGGCCAAUCUGCUCCAGCUGACGGAUGUGCGGGAUGCUUGCUGUGAUUUCCUGCAGACUCAGUUGGAUGCCAGCAAUUGUUUGGGCAUACGCGAAUUUGCCGAUCUGCAUGGCUGCGUCGAGUUGCUCAACUAUGCGGAGACCUACAUUGAGCAACAUUUCAACGAGGUCAUUCAGUUUGACGAGUUUCUGAAUCUGACACACGAACAAAUCAUCAAUUUGAUAGCCAACGAUCGGAUCUCGGUGCCAAAUGAGGAGCGUGUCUACGAAUGCGUCAUCGGCUGGCUGCGCUACGAUGUGCCAAUGCGUGAACAGUUCACCUCGGCUCUCAUGGAGCAUGUGCGUCUGCCCUUCCUCUCCAAGGAGUACAUCACACAGCGUGUCGACAAGGAACUGCUGCUCGAGGGCAAUAUUAUGUGCAAGAAUCUAAUAAUUGAAGCGCUCACCUAUCAUCUGCUGCCCACCGAGACCAAAUCCGCACGCACUGUGCCCCGCAAACCGGUCGGCAUGCCCAAGAUUCUGCUCGUCAUUGGCGGGCAGGCGCCGAAGGCAAUACGCUCCGUGGAAUGGUAUGAUUUGCGCGAGGAGAAAUGGUAUCAGGCCGCGGAGAUGCCAAAUCGUCGUUGUCGCAGCGGUUUAUCGGUGCUGGGCGACAAGGUUUAUGCUGUGGGUGGCUUCAAUGGAUCGCUGCGUGUCCGCACCGUCGAUGUGUAUGAUCCGGCAACGGAUCAAUGGGCGAAUUGCAGCAAUAUGGAGGCACGUCGCUCCACACUCGGUGUGGCAGUGCUGCAUGGCUGCAUUUAUGCUGUGGGUGGCUUCGAUGGCACCACCGGCCUCUGCAGCGCCGAGAUGUAUGAUCCAAAGACUGAAAUCUGGCGUUUCAUUGCCUCCAUGUCGACGCGUCGCAGUUCGGUCGGUGUAGGCGUGGUCAAUGGCCUGCUCUAUGCCGUUGGCGGCUACGAUGGCUUCUCCCGUCAAUGCCUAUCCUCCGUCGAACGCUACAAUCCCGACACAGACACAUGGUCCGUUGUGGCCGAAAUGACUUCACGUCGCAGCGGCGCCGGAGUUGGUGUCCUCAAUAAUAUUCUAUACGCGGUGGGCGGACACGACGGGCCAAUGGUGCGCAAAUCUGUCGAGGCCUACGACUACGAGGCGAACAAAUGGCGAUCCGUCGCUGACAUGUCCUAUUGCCGGCGCAAUGCGGGCGUUGUGGCACACGAUGGCCUACUCUAUGUGGUCGGUGGUGACGAUGGCACCUCCAAUCUGGCAUCGGUGGAGGUCUAUUGCCCCGAUUCGGAUAGCUGGCGCAUAUUGCCGGCGCUGAUGACCAUCGGACGCAGUUACGCGGGCGUCUGUAUGAUAGACAAGCCCUUGUGAAUGGAAGAGCAGGGCGCAUUGGCAAGGCAAGCGGCUUCGCUGGCCAUAGCGCUGUUGGAUGAUGAGAAUAGCCAGGCGGAGGGCAGCAUGGAGGGCGCCGUUGGUGGUGCUGUCUAUGGCAAUAUUGUUGCACCGCCAACGCCGGCACAACAGCAGCAGCAGCCAGCUAAUCAUCCGCACUAUGAGAACAUCUAUGCGCCAAUUGGACAGCCCAGCAACAACAACAACAACAACAAUAAUAAUAUUAAUAAUAACCAACAAGUUGCUGUCGUCGUCAAUGCCAAUGCCAAUGCCCCUGCGAAUGUUGAAGAAACACAGCAGCAGCAGCAGCCAGCAGCAACUGAAGCCAAUGCCAACAGCAAUCAGCAACAACCACAACAACAACAACCACAACCAGCUCGAAUGCUGCCCAUGAAUAAUUAUCGCAAUGAUUUGUAUGAUCGCUCAGCAACCACAACAACAGCUGCCUACGAUGUGCCACGAGCGGUGCGCUCUGGUUUGGGCUAUCGUCGCAAUUUUCGCAUAGAUAUGCAAAAUGCGAACCGUUAUGGCAGUGGUUUGCGCUGUGCACCACUCUACUCCGGCAACCGCUCGAAUUGCCAGCGUCAGCGCAGCUUCGACGACACCGAAUCCACCGAUGGCUACAAUCUGCCAUAUGCAGCUGGGACGAGCAGUGCUGGCACAAUGCGAUAUGAGAAUAUCUACGAACAGAUACGCGAUGAGCCACUCUAUCGCACCAGCAACGGCACCAGCACCACAACAGCAGCUGGCGGUGCAGCGAGUCGUGUGCCGCUUUAUACGCGCCUCGACGUGCUCGGCCAUGGCAUUGGACGCAUUGAGCGGCACUUGAGUUCGUCGUGUGGCAACAUCGAUCACUACAAUCUGGGCGGACACUAUGCGGUGCUGGGCCACUCGCACUUUGGCACGGUGGGGCACAUACGUCUCAAUGCCAAUGGUGGCGCAGCGGCGGCGGCGGCAACUAAUGCCAGCAGCUGUACGGUGCCCAAUUGUCAGGGUUAUGUGGCUGGUGGUGGUGGCAAUGGCUUAAAUGCUGCGGCUGCAAGUGGUGGUGGUGGUGCUGCUGCCGCUGCUGCUGCAGCUGCCGCCGCCGCCGCUGGCUGCAUGGAUUAUGGCAAUGUGAAAGUGCCCGUCAAAAAUAGCGCCAGCUCCUUCUUCAGUUGCCUGCACGGCGAGAAUUCCCAGAGCAUGACAAACAUCUAUAAGACGACAGCAGCUGCUGUGGCAGCAGCGCAUCACUGUUCACCACUCACGCCCAAUGUGUCCAUGGAGCGGGCAGCACGCUCCGCUUCCGCGGGACCAGCGACUGUGGCCAUUGCAGCAACUGCCACCGAGGAGCAGCUGGUUAAUUUGGACAGCUUGUCGCCGGUUUUGAUACGGCCAACGGGCGCCAUACCAAAAAUAAAAAGUGCCAACAAAGCUGCCAAGGAGACGAGUGCAGCUGCAGCAACAACAGCUGCGGCCACAACACAGAGUGGUGCGGAGAAGGAGCGCAGCACAGCGAGUGGUGCAGCCAGCAAAAGCUCAACGCUGGCCAAGAAGACAACCACAACAACAACAACAACUGCUGCUGCUGCUGCAACGCGUAGCAGUUCCUCGUCGGAUGGCAGCAACAAUGGCACCUUGAAUCGCAUCUCCAAGUCCAGUUUGCAGUGGCUCCUGGUGAACAAGUGGCUGCCACUGUGGAUUGGCCAGGGACCCGAGUGCAAGGUAAUUGACUUCAAUUUUAUGUUCUCGCGCGAUUGCGUUAGCUGUGACACGGCUUCGGUGGCCUCGCAAAUGUCGAAUCCUUAUGGCACACCACGACUGGGUAUCGGUGCGCUGCCGCAGGACAUGAUGCGGUACCAGGGCAGCACGAGCAGCAUGCGACGCGAUAUGAAUGCCGCAACGCGACCGCUUCACAGCAAUUUGAGUCGCUUGCGUUGCGGCACCGACAAGCGUCAGAAUGGCAACAGCAACAGCAACGGCAGCUAUCGCCAUGAGGAUCCCUCCUAUGAGAAUGUGCAUGUCCAGUGGCAGAAUGGCUUCGAGUUUGGACGUUCCAGGGAAUACGAUGCCAGCUACAAUUCACAGCAGCAGCGACCGCUGCUGCAACGCGCUCGUUCCGAGAGUCCCACGUUCAGCAAUCAACAGCGACGCAUGCAACGCGUUGCGGCACAGAACCCACAACAGCAACAGCAACAACAAUCGGUCAACAAGCUGGCUGAUCCCUUCAAGAACUACGAACUGAAUGCGGACAACAAUAGUUUCAAGCCCAAACAGCCGGCGCCAACAGUGGAAUUGUGCGAUGAACUCGAGGGCGCUGUCGGUGGCCAGGCGGCACCCGAAUCGGAAGCCGAACAAAUGUUAGAACCCUUGAAUUUGAGUGAUAACGAGACUGAUACAACGACAACAGCUGCAACAACACCUGCAACACCUGCAGCACCAGCAACAACAUCAAAUAGCCAACAAACGAAUGCAAACACUCACGAAGCAAACGAUUAAUUCAUAUAAAUCACAUAUGUCAAGUAUGAUUAGCAAACUCCAAUCUGUUCACUUGAAAAUUAACGAUUUUACUUGUACCUUUUUCUUUUGUUUAUAAAUAUUGUUUAAAAUUUUCCUUCAACCUGUUUUAGAUCUCACAAAAAACAAAAACAAAUUACAAUUGCCCGAAAAAAAAGGAUAACAAAAA